AGCGCAUAUCACAUUUUGACAUAACGUCCCUAUGAGCUUCCAAUUAAAGGACUUGGAUAUUAUUACCCUGGCUUUAGCAAGGUAGCCUCUUACAGCGCGGAAUCAUUUGAAGGAAUAUACCUCAUCUGGGUUGAGUGCAGCAUUAUAUUGUAGAUGAAUUUCUUGCCGAAGGAAAUUUCGCCAUGGGUCCAUGGCUGCAUGGGAUUCGAACCCACGACCCUCUGUUCGAAAGUCACAAGACUAAUCCACUGGUGGGCCACAACGCUCUACUUAAAGUAUAAUUUUAUGUAGAUUAUCUUUAUAGGGGACAGGCCCUGAAAAUACCAAUUUAGGAUUGAUUUCCAGGAGAAAUUCAAUAAGACAAUGAAAAGAAACCACCGGCGGAUUAUCUGAUGCAAAUCGGAAAUUAUAGUCAGAACAAAAAUAUAUGUAACUCCAUACUUCGCGUCCUUGUCCAAUGGAGAACAAUCCGGAUCAUAAAACAAAGUUCGCUGUAUUCCAUGUAAUCUGUUUGGAACGGUUUUAUCAGUAUAUCUCGUGUCCGGUCAACAUCACGUAGACUUUAGAAUGGGAUAUGCCCUGAAAAUACCUAUUCAAGACUGGUUUCCCGUAAAAAGUCAAUAAAAUAAGGAUCUAUCGGCCGUUUUGUUUCAGACUUCAGCCAGGCUCCAGAUUUACUUCACAUGCUGAUUAUUAUAGCAGUGCCUACUAUACCCGGAACGAUCAAAGAUGAAUGCAUCGAUGAUGGUGGUUGCCUUCCUGAUGUUAGGCCUCCUGGUGGCGCCAUCUAGAGCCUGGCCGGACUGGUUGGACCGCACAAGGGAAGCCUUCCAGGGAGCUCGGGACAUGCAGCGAGCUUACAAUGACAUGCGUGAUUCCAACUGGAGGAAUUCAGACAAGUACUUCCAUGCACGAGGCAACUACGAUGCCGCACAGCGAGGACCCGGAGGAGCUUGGGCAGCUCGCGUCAUCAGCAACGCACGCGAAAAUUAUCAAUCUGGCCUCAGCGGUCAAGGAGCCGCGGAUACCGCAGCUGAUCAGGCGGCUAACCACUGGGGGCGCAACGGUGGAGACCCCAACAGAUAUCGACCAGCAGGACUCCCUGAUCGAUACUAACCUGGCUGCUGCAUGCAAAGCUGAAGAAGAGUUGAUAUCUGCGAGCCGACACCCCCGUUUUCUGUUAUUAACGGCAGCGAGUCAAAUCGCUCGUAGACCAUCGAUCCUUGCUCAACUCAACUCGCAAUAACUAUAACUUUUGUUUAACAUUUUCGUUAUGCAUACCCUACAAAUUAAGAUUUUCAAAUACACACUCUGUUUUCGUUUGAAGGGCAUCUGAUACUCUAUAAUAGAGGUUUACUUUUAUUUAGUUUAUUCAAAAAAAUGGUCACUAGCUUUGAUAAAUUAAUUAAUGAAUUAGAUUAAUUAAUUAAUCAAAGCUAGUGACCAUUUUUUAAAUAAACUAAAUAAAAGUAAAUAUAUUAUUUAAUUAAUUAAUAUUACGAAUCCACAAGGAAGCCAUGAACAUAAUGAAUGCUCGUAUGUGUGUUAACUUAUGCAUUGUAGAAACUGGUCUAAAAUAAAAUCAAAAUAAAAUAUAUUUGACUCCAAUAA